GCGCGUCGGUAGCGGCGCCAUCGCUGUUACUAGGGGCGGCGGCGGGCCGACCGGGAGGCAGGAUGGCGCUGAAUAAAUCAAUGCAUGUAAGGAACAGGUACAAAGACAAACCUCCCGAUUUUGCAUUCUUGGCCUCCAAAUAUCCAGAUUUUAAGCAGCAUGUCCAGAUCAAUCUUUCUGGAAGAGUGAGUCUUAAUUUCAAGGACCCUGAAGCAGUCAGAGCUCUGACCUGCACUCUAUUGAAGGAAGAUUUUGGACUGACCAUUGACAUCCCAUUGGAGAGACUCAUUCCCACAGUUCCUCUGAGACUCAACUACAUUCACUGGGUGGAAGAUCUGAUUGGUCACCACGACUCUCUCAAAAAUACCCUCCGACGGGGAAUUGACAUAGGUACUGGAGCAUCUUGCAUUUAUCCUUUACUAGGAGCAACUCUAAAUGGCUGGUAUUUCCUUGCAACAGAAGUGGAUGAUAUGUGCUUCAAUUAUGCUAAGAAAAAUGUGGAACAGAAUAACUUAUCUGAUCUCAUAAAAGUGGUUAAAGUACCACAGAAGACGCUCCUAAUGGAUGCUCUAAAAGAGGAAUCCGAGAUCAUUUAUGAUUUUUGCAUGUGCAAUCCUCCUUUUUUUGCCAACCAGUUGGAAGCCAAGGGUGUAAACUCUCGCAAUCCUCGACGGCCACCUCCCAGCUCAGUAAAUACUGGGGGCAUCACAGAAAUCAUGGCAGAAGGAGGCGAGCUAGAGUUUGUCAAAAGAAUUAUUCACGACAGUUUACAACUUAAGAAGAGAUUGAGGUGGUAUAGCUGCAUGCUGGGCAAGAAAUGCAGUUUGGCUCCAUUGAAAGAAGAGCUUCGUAUUCAAGGGGUCCCGAAAGUCACCCACACUGAAUUUUGUCAGGGACGAACAAUGAGAUGGGCCUUGGCUUGGAGUUUUUAUGAUGAUGUAACAGUGCCUUCACCUCCAUCUAAGAAAAGAAAGCUCGAAAAGCCCAGGAAACCCAUAACGUUUCUGGUUGUGGAGUCUAUAAUGAAAGAGUUGGCUGUCAAAGCUUUGGCCCUGGGCUACGAUGCUGUGGGAGGCAUAGCAGUCGUCACAACGUGGAUCGAGAAAAUCCUCACCGAUCUGAAGGUCCGGCAUAAACGGGUUCCCUGCGGAAAGGAGGAAGUCAGUCUGUUCCUAACAGCUGUAGAAAACUCUUGGGUCCACAUUCGGAAAAAGAAAAGAGACAGGGUGAGGCAACUGCGUGAAGUCCCUCGGGCCCCCGAAGACUUGAUCCAGGCCAUGGGAGAAGGCAGAAACCUUCCUAAGGAGGCGGGCAGUUGCUGCCCCGGGGGGCUGCAGCAGGAGAACUCCCCCGCUGACCCCAGGGGGCCAGCGGGGGACCAGGUGUCGCCUCAGGGCUCCAGCCCCAAUAAGGACUCUCCUGCACAAGAGAACAGCGAAAAGACCAUGAAAGAGGAAGAGGAAGAGGAGGAACAGGAGAUGGAAGAGGGGGGCGAUGGCGGCGAUGCUGUCCAAGGAGGACCAGACGCUGUAGGAAGAAGCAGAGUCUCCGGCGAUGUAGCCGAGGAGCCAGAGGCCCCCGAAGACGUUGGCGACUCAGCGGCCGGGCAGGAGAAACGGCCGGAAGGAGGAGGGAGCGGGCAGUUCCUGUUCAAGUGCUUGAUCAACGUCAAGAAGGAAGGGGAGGCCGCGACAGUAGAGAUGCAUUGGGUUGAGGGGCAGAACAGGGACUUGAUGAACCAACUCUGUACGUACUUACGCAACCAGAUCUUACGACUCGUUGCUAGCUAGCCGCGCGGCCCGUGCCCGGUCGUAAGAGCGUGUCAGACGCCCGGCUGCCUUUUAGGUUCACUCUAUUUUAUUUUUUUCUGAAAUACCUUUAGUCAUUAAGGAAGACACUGCGCUGACAGAUACCAUAUUUUUUUGUUUUUUAAUUAAAGAUAAUUCCAGUG